CCAGAUCCAGUGUGUCUCACCCAGCCAGGGGCAUGGAGGUGCAAGGGCACCAGUUUCACCACUGAGUGGGCGUCUGGCUCAUUUGAGCAUCACUACGGGGGGAUCACCACCAAAAAAUCUGGACUGACCUUUGCUAACGGAUUAAGUGACCACGAUACACAGAAUUGCGACUGCGUUGUUUGGAUGAAAGUGAUUUGAUCUCGUAUUCUAACAAAGAAAAGGAACUUGACGGAUUUACACAAAGUUACCUGUUUUUUUACAGAACAUCUGAAGCUCCAACAAUCUCAGCCUGAUUCUCAGCGCCUCUGUCAGAGAGUUCGCAUCUGAGCACGUUUGAACACUUCUGCAUUUUUUUUUCACACUCUUCCAGUCUUCCUUUUUCUCAAGUUUACACCACACUACUCUUUCACAAUGGUUGUGGGUAAGAUGAAGUUCACUUUUCAGAAAAGGGUGAAGUUGGCCCAGGGUUUAUGGCUGCUCUCAUGGAUGGCAACUCUGGGUGGAGCGGUCACCUUCACUUUAGGAUGCUUCCUAAAGACUGAGCUUCGAAGGAGGGGAGAGGUAAUGGACAACACAGACAUCCACUGUGUGCCCAACACCUUGAUGAUUGUGGGUCUGGCUUCCAUGGGCAUCAAUUACUUUGCCAGUCGAAUCUGCCAGGAUGCCCUCGACCCUGGGCGUUUCCCACGAUGGAAGACCUUCCUGAAGCCCUAUUUUGGAUGCUCCAUAUUCUUCACCACCCUCAUGCUGAUUUCAGUCAUCCUGAGUUACGCAAUGAAGGGCAGCCUGGAGACCUCCCUGAAGAUCGGCCUGAAGAACGGCAUCCGCUUCUACAAGGACACCGACACGCCCGGCCGCUGCUUCCAGAAGCAGACCAUCGACCACCUUCAGAUGGAGUUCCAGUGCUGCGGCAACAACGACUACAAGGACUGGUUUGAGGUGCAGUGGAUCAGCAACCGCUACCUGGAUUUCAGCUCUAAGGAAGUGAAGGACCGCAUCAAGAGCAAUGUGGACGGCCGUUACCUGAUUGACGGUGUGCCCUUCAGCUGCUGUAACCCGAGUUCUCCCAGACCCUGUAUCCAGUCCAAAAUCACCAACAACACGGCCCACUACAACUACGACCACCAGACCGAAGAGCUCAACAUCUUCAUUCAUGGUUGCAGAGAAGCGCUGGUCAACUACUACAUGGGGCUGAUGAACACGAUUGGAGCUGUGGUUCUGUCCGUCUUUUUGCUGCAGAGCUCAGUGUUGGCUAGCGUGCGACUCCUGCAGACGGCUUUGGAGGCCGUGGCUGGACAGGAGAACGUGGAGAUCGAAACCGAGGGCUACUUGCUUGAGAAGGGAGUGAAGGAGACGUUCAUGGAGUAUGUGGAUCCUGUGCUGAAUCUCCUGCUGCUGAACCAGGUGACUCCUUCUGAAACCAAACCGGAAGCAGGAACGACCACCACCAGCUAAAGAGUCAGACUCACAGGAACGCCGAAGAGUUUCCAGCAGGAGGCUGAGAGUGCUGACAUCUAAUCCAACAAUUCAUGUUUUGGCAUUUUUAUAUAUAUAAUUUGUAAUCUCAAAGAGUUUUAUACUUCAUUAAUACACUAAAACGGUUGUUUCUAACAGUACUGACAUUUCACCCAGUUCCAUUAGACGUCUUUUGAACAAUGAAUGAUCCCACUGUCUAUUCUGCAGCACCUACUCCUCACUUGUGUUUUAUGGCAAAUGUAUGAUAUCGCUAGCCUCGGGUGAGUAACCGUCUGUUCGUUCCUGUCAGGAGAAACUCAGUGCAGCUAUGCAUGGGAAAUGACCAGCAAUAUGCUUCAAUUUCCAUCAUGAUUGGUUGAAUGUGUGAGCGACUGAGCAGUUUCUUAACAGAAAGGUCUGUUACAUUCCUUUCCCAUUUUCUCAUGUCAUACACAGAAAAGAGGCUGAUUAUGUAAUAUUACUGCUACGGAUGUUUGUAAAUGAUUGGAAUCACAGAAAGAUGCAAACCCUUGUGAAAAAGAAGUGUGCUUAACUGUAGUAAAUGUGCAUGUGUAGUGUACUUUAAAUUUGAAAGUAUAUUUUUAAAAAACUGUACUUGCAGGUAAUAUAUUAUUAAUGAAAUAAAAGACAACUUAAGUGUACUUAAUGAGAGUCUAUCUGCAUAACAAUGUUUAUUAAUUAAGUACACUUUUGAAAAGUGCACUUUGUUAUAACAUCAAGUUAGCACACUUACUGAUGUGUUGACGUACUAGAGUACAUGUGAAGUGCUAUCAUUUUAACUGUUGUGUUGUAUUAUUACAUUUGAAGUUAAUACUUUUAAAUGUACUAAAUUGCAACUUCAUCAUUACAAGUGUGUAAUUACAAAUAUAACAUUUUCAAUAUGACAAAGUAUAUUUUAGUUUUUCUAUGAAUAAUUGUCAGUACAUCUAACACACUUUAACCAGUAAUUAUGAAAUUACAUCUAAAGAAGUCAAAAAGCGUCAGAAAUGCACUACUAAAUUUAAUACAAUAACAUGCAGUUAAUUUGCACUUGUGUAAAGUGUUUUCUUUAAGUAGUUUAAGUACUCUCUUUAAAAGUAUGCUGAAGUGCACUUCUUUUUCACAAGGGUAAGCCGUUCUAAUCAUCCACAUCUCGCGCCGUGUACUACCCAGCGGUGGCAAGAUAACGCUUUCUUUUCCAAAACAGUUUUUGUUGACAAACUUUGACAAACGACAGAACACACUGUGCUUUGGCUUCACCCCAGGACGUCCCGUCCGCACAGACCUCUCGCUGACCUGCAGUCAGUCUCCACAUUGCUGUACUGUUUAUUAAGUAUAUUCUAAUAGGUUUUGACUGCGUUGUAUUUCCGCUUGCAGUGUGGACGAGCAAACUAUUUGAUGCUGGAAAUUACUCAUUGCAAAUAUUAUUAUAACUACAAUACAUGUGAAAUAAAUUAUUAUUAAAAUUCAUAUUUUUUCCUCCAAUUAUUACUUUCUCAUCCAGUGUUAUUGCAUGUUGUAAACAUAAAUACUUAACUGUCAUUAAGUCAUUUUUGUUUUGCAUUCAGCGUGGAACUAAAUGCAUUGUACGUGAUAAAGAUGGUGUAGAUGAUGCUCACUGCUCUGCUAUGAAACCCUGUACCGCAGAACCGUCACAAAACUGUCAGGUCCAAUAAAAUCUGACAUUUUGAACUGC